AAAGCAAGUUAAAACAAAGAGAGCAGCGACUGACGGGUCUAGUUUUCCUGAACAGUAAAAUAAGGAAUCGCGUUUGUACAAGGUUUGCCCUUGACAAACAACAUGGACUACUGGAGUGCCUUGGAGGUGUAUACGGAGAUGCUGCAGUUGUAUGUAGACGAAGCCCGUCGCCAUGUCAACGCGCAGUGCGCUGACCUGGAGCCCUGGCAGAUCAUUGGUGCCACGCUGCUGUCCACCGUGGGGGCAUUAUGGGUGAAAGGCUUCCUCUUUCAGCAGGAGAGUCUGACGUCCAGAAUCAAGAAACUUUGCUUCCGACUCAUCAGAAAAAUCCCGUAUAUUGGCGCAUCAAUUCAGAGCCAGUUGAAUAAGGCAUUAGAUGACAUGUCUGUGAGCCUGUGCACACUGAAGGAGGGCAUGGCCUAUGCCAAAACCCUGCCAGGACAGGGUCUGACCCAGGACCAGGUCCUGGACAAGAUCAGGGAGUACCAGACACUCACGGAGGUAGAGUGGGAGAGAGGCAGAGUUUCGGGUGCAGUCUACUGGGGUGACGAGACGCUGACUCAGCUUCUAGUCAAGGUCUACGGGGACUUUGCCUGGAGUAAUCCCCUCCAUCCAGACCUCUUUCCCGGGGUGCGGAAGAUGGAGGCGGAGGUGGUCCGGAUGACGUGUGCUCUCUUCCACGGAGGACCAGACUCCUGCGGCACGGUGACAUCAGGGGGAACGGAGAGUAUACUUAUGGCCUGUAAAGCGUACAGAGACAUGGCUUAUGAACGUGGGAUCACACAUCCAGAGAUAAUCGCCCCGGUGAGCGUCCACGCAGCGUUUGAUAAAGCCGCUCACUACUUUGGCAUGAGACUCAUUCACGUUCCUCUGGACCAGAAGACGAUGAAAGUGGACGUUAAGGCCAUGAAGAGGGCGAUCUCUAAGAACACAGCCAUGCUGGUGUGCUCUGCUCCGCAGUUCCCUCACGGGGUCAUGGAUCCUAUUCAGGAAGUGGCAAAGUUGGCUGUUAAAUACAACAUCCCGCUCCAUGUGGACGCCUGUCUGGGUGGUUUUCUCAUCGUGUUCAUGGAGAAAGCCAACUUCCCGUUGGAGCCGUUUGACUUCCGGGUCAAAGGCGUGACCAGUAUUUCUGCUGACACUCAUAAGUAUGGCUACGCCCCCAAGGGCUCCUCGGUCGUGCUCUACAGCGACAGGAAGUACCGCCACUACCAGUAUUUCGUAGCUCCUGAUUGGCAGGGAGGAAUCUACGCUUCUCCGUCAGUGGCUGGCUCCCGGCCGGGCGGGAUCAUCGCUGCCUGCUGGGCCACCAUGAUGCACAUGGGAGAGAACGGCUAUGUGGAGGCCACCACGAAAGUCAUCCAAACCGCCCGCAAGAUCGAGGCCGGAAUCCGUGCAGUGGAAGGAGUGUUUGUUUUCGGGACGCCUGAGGUGUCAGUUGUGGCCAUGGGUUCUCAUGUGUUUGAUAUCUUCCGUCUGUCGAAUGCUCUAACGGCGAAGGGCUGGAAUCUCAACACACUGCAGUUCCCAUCCAGCAUCCAUAUCUGCGUCACGAUGCUGCACACGCAGCCGGGCGUGGCUGAGCAGUUUAUCCAAGACGUGGAGGACGAGGUGGCCAACAUAAUGAAGAACCCUAACGAGAAGACCACAGGAAUGGGAGCAAUCUACGGCAUGGCCCAGUCCAUCCCAGACCGCUCCAUGGUCACGGAGAUCUCCCAUGGGUUUCUGGACUGCCUGUACAGCACUGAGAUUCCAAACUCCCAGAAGAACCUCCACAACAAUCACAAGAACCAUACAAACGGCGUCUCCAACGCCCACUGAGUCUGGACCGUCGGGUCAGAACCACGCUCUCCCCCCCCCCGUCACCAGGAUCCCCAGCCUUAUCCUUGGACCCUCAUGGUCCUGUUCACCAGUCAUCACCCACCGCUUUGCGACUGGGGUCUGGCCAAAACUCCAGCCCCGUCCUCCAUAUGGCCCCUGUGUGUUUUUGCAUUUCUGGAACAUAUCUGGUCUUCCUGCAGAUAGAAAAAGGCAAUUGACAAAGUAGAAAACCCCCAGGGGAAGGUAGAGUGAUAGAUCUUAUUUAUGUCUCAGUUUUAAUUCCACAGCCUUACACAUAAGGCUUAACUCUUUUUGUGUGUGUGUGUGUGUGUGUGUGUGUGUGUGUGCGUGUGAUUUUACUCAAACCGUCCGGGUAGAGGGAGUAGCUUCAGCGUCCCUCUCUGCUCUAACAGCACUGAUUCGUGAUUUUAAAACACAAAACUCAGAGGUUUGGCUGGAUUCUGCUCCGGUCGUUGGGAAGAGAGGUAGUGUGGUUUAAACACGGUUAAACCCAUCUGUUCUGUUUUAUUCGAUUUAUUUUUUUCAUUAGCGUUUUCAUGUGUGAUACAUCCCAAAGUUUUUUAAUUUUCUAUUUAAUAUUUUCAUGAUAGUACCAUUUUCAUUACCAAAAUUAAUAGAGGGAAAAGCAACUUUACAUGUUUGCAUAAUUCAGGGCAACCUCAACCCUUUCAUUUUAACCAGACGUAACCGAAGGGAACAUUAUAAAAAUGCUGUAGACUAAAAUAUUUGUGUUAAAUGACGUAAUCAUUGUUAGUAAAUAAUAAACCCCGCCUAGAUAAGCAGUCUUAUAGAAUCCUCUCUGUCCUGUUCUCAAAUGGAGAAGGAAGGACGGGGUGAAAGCAGAAGAGAACACAGAGAAUCACAGAGAUUUUUAUAAGAACGCUGUAGUGCACUGGAGGUCAUUGUUUGAUCUCACAGUCGUGUUUGGAACAGCUCUCUCUGGUCACACACGAUGUGAACCUUUAGCAUUUGAAGUCUGUCAUUCUGAGGCUUAGAAAACAGGUCCUCUUACUUAGCACCUUAAAGACCAACGCUUCUUAAAAACACAAACACACAAACACCGAUUAAAACACACACGUCGGGAAAGCUACUGUCUUUUUUCAUUGGGAUCUUUACAUGACGGAUAAGGGACAUACGCAAGCAAAGUCGCUUUAAAUUCAUUCUUCAUAAAAAACAGUCUCCUGACCUCUUAUCUGACCAACCUUAAUUUUGCUGAAACCGUUCGUACAAUUUCAGAUAUUAGAUGUUCCAUACACACGUAUCAUUAGGUCCACAUGCCAUGCAGCCUGUGUGGACUGAGACAUUUCGGUCGGCCCUGAAGAAAUGGUACCAAGUAUCAGACUGUUCCUUCCCCCCAUCUACCUCACACACGAGCAGCGUAGUCUGUGUCCACAUGUCCCACCCGCCAGCUUUCUCACUGGCCCUCUCUCAAUUUCAUUUAGUUUCACUCGCCCGCAGCCAGUGGACAGUACGUCUGUGAUUCAUUGGUACUCUAUGGGAAUGGUUGCACCAAUAUUUUUUUAAGACCGCAGUCUCACGUAAGCUUCGGUCGUUCAAAUCACUUCUUUCUCGUAUUGUGGCGCCUGUUUAUUUGUUUAUCUGUUUUUUUUUUAAUUGUUCUUCUACUUGACCACUCACGUCCCCUGUUUUAUUUAGCUGUGUGUGGUGGAGGCAGGAGACAGAGGAGAAACUCCAGUGACUGUAGGGGAAAUGGGGAUUUAGUGAUUGAGUGACAUAAUGACAGGGGAGCAUUGAAGUGUGAGACCAGUGACCUUGCUCAUUGUGUAACUGUUGAUGCAUUCAUGUUGUCUGUGACCACUGUGUGUGUUUUUAUAUUACUAAUCACUAAUAUGUCUCAUAUUUCAAUUAUUUACGUUUUUCUUUUUGUAAUGAACUUAUCAUGGAACAGUUUCUCUCUUAAUGGUUCUAAAGACGCAAACAUAAAGGAAUCAGGAGGGACCACAGUUCUCAUAAUUAUAAUGCCACUAAAUCAGGAGGAAACCAUGUAAACCAAUAUGCUUACGCUGGUAGCAGUUUAGACUGAGUUAGUCAUGUGACAAUUCCACUAAUCAUCAUAUUUUGACAUUGUACUCUGUAUUAGGUAAAAAUGUAGCAAUAUCUGGACUGUUUGUUAACUCUGAUUCUACCUGAAACUGCAGCACCUUGGUGACCUCUGGCUCUGGAGGAUGACCCUUGACCUCAAUGGUUCUGGUUCUUGGUAAAGCACUCAAACUGCAUUCACCUAAAUGCCUUGAGCAGCAGCAGCUUGCGUGCGGCUGCCGUUUUCUUUCGCUGAUGUCGUGGGUACAGAAACCUCAGGGGCUGGCCCGU